UGUCACGUCUUUGCCAUUUGACUUUUGUGUGUGCGAUGAGCGAGUUCACGCUCUGACUGGGGGGGAAAAAUUGCGCCGCGUGUGUGAAGUGAAAAAGCCGAUAAAAAUGUAUAUAUUUCAAGUGAUUUGAUAACAAACCCGCUCCGCGUAAGGCGUACCAAUUGCUGCAACUAACACCAGUCAAGCCGCUCAAGUUCGGGAACCGUAGCUGUUCGUACAGCAGGCGAUUGAAAUACCACGCCACAGCGCACCUUGCCCCGGCACAAUCGGCGAGGAGCAUCGAAGGAUAUAGGCGCCUUUUCCGGUUUUACAUAAUUGCCGUCGUAGCUGAGACACCCGGAACCGGACUGUUGUGAUCAUCAGCGCGGUGUUGGAACCAAAUCUCGCUAGCCAAAAUCAUCGUCAUCACCAUAGCAGCAGCCAGCAACGAGCAACAGCAUGGACGCGAUAGAGGAACGCAAGGUUUACCGCUUGGUGCUGACGGGAGGACCGUGCGGAGGCAAAACGACGGGCCAAUCGAGACUGUGUACGUUCUUCGAGAACCUCGGAUGGAAGGUUUUUCGCGUGCCUGAAACGGCCACAAUUCUACUCAGCGGUGGCAUCAAGUUCGCCGAUUUGGUUGCCGAAGAAGAUCGAAGCAAAAAGAAGGCACACAAACCCGGCACAUCCGCAGGCACCGCCGCCGUAUCCGCCUCCUCCACUUCCGACGCCACCAAGCCGGCCGUCUUUAAGGAUGGCGUCCCGGAGCAUAGCGUUAUUGAUAUUGACAAAAUUACAACAUGUCCCCGGUGUAUGGCCGCCGCCGUCGGGAAAGUAGGCGAUGUGUACAAGUUUCAGGAAAACUUGCUCCGUACGAUGAUACAGAUCGAGAACACAUACUUUGAGCUGGGCAGGACGAGCAACAAAAACUGUUUGAUCAUCUGCGACCGUGGUUUUAUGGAUGCGAGUGCAUACAUCUCCAAGGAAAAAUGGGAUCGUAUGAUGCGUUCCAACAACUGGAACCCGGUUGAGCUGCGCGACAAUCGCUACAAUCAGAUCAUCCACAUGGUGUCGGCCGCGAACGGUGCGGAACAGUUCUACGCCACCGAGGAACAUUCGUGCCGGUCGGAAGGCGUCACACUGGCACGCGAGCUCGAUUACAAGGCCGCGUCGGCUUGGAUCGGCCAUCCGUACUUCGAUGUGAUCGACAAUUCGACCGACUUUGAGAACAAAGUGAACCGCAUGAUCGAAUGCGUCUGCCAGAAGCUCGGCAUCGAUAUUGGCGAUCGGUUAUCGAUCACCUCGCGGAAGGUCAAGUUUUUGGUCUCUGGCCCAAUGCCCCCCGAUACGUCCUUCCCCGCGUUCCAGGACUUCGAGGUGGUGCAUCAUUAUCUGCAAUGCGCUGGACCACGCGUGCAGGCCCGUUUGCGCAAACGGGGACAGAACGGUCGCUGGAGCUACAUCCACACGAUACGCCGGCCGCAGCAGCACGGCCAGUCGAUCGAGGUGCGCACGCAGCUAUCGCAUCGCGAUUAUCUCAACAUGCUAACGCAGCAGGACGAUGCGCACUUUACCAUCUACAAGAAACGGCGCUGCUUCCUGGUCAACAACCAGUACUUCCAGAUGGACAUCUACAAAGAGCCUAGCCAUCCGAGAUGCAAGGGGCUGAUUCUGCUGGAAACGUACACCUCGCUAACCGGGGACAAGUUGAAGGCGAUUCUGCCGAAGUUCUUGAACAUCGUGAAGGAAGUAACCGGACAGCCGGACUACUCGAUGUUUAACCUGUCGCUGCGGGAGGACUGGAACAAUACGAAGAAGUUCUGCUACUCGCUGCACGAUCAAGAUGAUGCCGAGGUGAAAACGAAUGGUCAUUCGCAGAAGAUGAUCAAUGGUAAAGCGUAGUAGUACUAAAAAAAAUGCGCAAGUACGACAGUGCUUGUGCGUUUUUCGUUGCGAUGGAAAGUUGGGUAGAAGAAGCGCGAAAGUAUGCGGGGCAUGAACGUGUUUGCUUGAGGUGUGUGUAGGUGGUGGUUGCAGAGAGCCAGAGGUACUGUCGGAGCGGCCGAACGUGUUGUUUUUAGUGUGACUGAUGAGGAACGAAGGUGAGGCGACAGAGGGCAGAGGGUGCAAAAUUACUGAUGAUACGCGAGGACAUUUGAGCCUGAUUAGAGUAUGUUUUAAAAAAAAUAUUGUAUUAAUUUGGUUUGAAGGAGGAUGCCUUUAUGGGACAAAUAAUUUGUUGAGCAAAAGCUCGUUUUAAAUAUUUUUCUAGAAAAAAAAAUCCACCAUCUUGUUUCAAAACCGUCAUGUAACACUGAUAUUUAUUCUCAAACAGCCAAAGCCAUCGUAAUAUCAAUAGAGUCACGAACGUGUAAUGCGUAAAUUUAACCGGUAACAUGAAACUUACUAUUUGUUUAUUAAACGGUGUGUACUUUCAAAGCCUGUGCCUCCUCCUAUUGCCUGCUACCUUGUGAAUCGGGUAUCGAUCACCUCACUGAAACCCUGAGUUGUUUGAAAACAUAUUUGUUCCUUUUUUGCCCAAUAUUAUAAUCCUGUGCCAGUACUGAUGAAAACUCAACCCAUUUGCAAGCUCUUCUGAGUGCGAGAUAAUAGACUAUACUAAUUCCCAAACCCUCCAAAACAAAGGGUACCAAACAAAACACAAUACUACCUCUCUACCUACCACAUGCUGAAACAUCAAUUUUGCUUGCCCUUCUUUAAAUAUGCCAUAAAACUACAAUUCUUCAUGCAGCAGCAAAAAUAGUGACCGCGCCCGUUCCAUUACUUAGAGCUGCUGUUGGUUAAAUUACUUGAAAUAUGUGCAAUUUUGCUUCGAAAUACGGCAUUUUCUAUCACACAAACACACACGAUGUCGUAUCUUUGUUGAUUUUUUGUCGAACAUUUAUUCGAUGUAUUCUCAAUAUUAUUUUUUAAACCAACACCGCACGCUACUAAUUGUGAACAAGUGAUUUUUUCGUGUUUUAAACAACCAAUUCAAUAACACGAGCGGGUAAAUGCAUGUUUAAGAGUGGCCGAUAAGACAUGGUUUAUCUUUUUGCUUGAGUCAAUCGUUAGAAGAUGCCAAUGUACUUAAACAAAGAAAUAGCGAUGUUUCCACGAUAAACCCGACACGCAAACGCGGUAAUUAGUUUUACCCUCUCUGUUCAAUCAGUACGUGUUGUGCGAGUGGUUAUCUAAAUGAUUUUGUAUCAUGUUGUAUGUGUUUUUCCGGGUUUUUUAUUUAAAUCUUCUUGUAGUCGAUGAGAAACGCUUAGAUCAAUAAACAAGAAUAAUGGCCAACUGACAUGAUGAAUUAACAAUGUACUUAUUCACGAAAGCUUAAGGGAAUGGGACAUUGUGCGAAAUGGUUUUUAUGUAGGGUCUAUAGCAAAAAGAAAAUGAGUAUGCUGUCUGUAAAAGUAAAACCUGCAGGUGAAGACAACCAAACUAUCAUGGAAUGCUGGUGGCACAUUAUUUUUGUGUGAAUGUACACAAAACCGUUUUAUCUCUACUAGCGAAAUUAACAACAGCGCUGGCAACUAAAGGCGACUACAAUUGGCCAUCAAUGUUUUGUAGUAGAUUUUUCAGGAACAAUAGAUCAGCGCAUCACCAUGUUUAGAAUUCGUAAUGAUAAUACAGAGAGAGAGAGCAACACAUUGCCUCCAGACAUCAGAAUAGAGAUAUAUAAAAAAAGAAGAUGAUAACAACGUGUAUAGAAAGAAAGACCACAAGAAACAAGCAAAAUUAAUGAAAAUUCACAACAAAACACUGUUAUUGAUGUAUUUUAUAUUAAAAUGUAAAACAGUCCUGUAAAACCAAAUCUUUCUGAAGGAACCACCAGCAGCAAAGCUAUAUUUCAGAAGAAAACGUAUAAAAAAUCAAUAUUGAUGGUAUUAAAACUAUUAAUAAACUAUAUGCAGUUCUAAAA